CUUUUCUUCUCUUCUCCGAGAUCAACAACAACAACACCACCACUGCUCAGUUUUCAAACUCAGCAAAACAUUCAUAUUUUUUCUGAUCCCUAAUUUCCCUUCUCUGCUAAAACCCUAAUUUCAUUCAUCCCAAAUCGAUUCUCCGAUUCUUCAAUUCUUCAAUUUUUCAAUUUUCGUUGUUGAGUUGAAAAAGUUGAAAGCUAGUGUGGCAUUGGUGUAGUGGAAAUUUGGAUAGUGGUGGAUUUGAUUGGUGAAGUGUGUUGAGGAGUUUGAAAUGAGGGAUUUUGUGUGGGGGCAAUGAGAGGGAGGUAUGAUCGUGAGGUUUUAGAGAGAAGAUGAGUGGUGGUUCAUUGGGGAUUCGUUCUGCUAGUUAUGGAUCUUUGGAGAAGCAAUUGCAGAAUGGAUUGUCGCCUAUUCAAACGGGGAGGAAACAGGUUAAGAUGGUUAAGGAGAAAGAGAGAUUGUUUCAUUGGAUCUGUAAAUUUGCUGGCAGGAAGAAGGUGGGAAUGCUGUUUUUGUGUGUUAUAUCUGCUGCUGUUUUCGUCUGGGUCUUGUACGUUGGAAAAGGUGAAGAUUCACAGGAGGGGAAUGGUGUGCAAAACAUCAGUGUGAAUGAGAGUAUGUCUAUAAAUGAUUCUCCGUCUAUCGUCUCCGCGGCAAAGGCCAUUGCUAAAAAUUUGCUGCUACCCCCAAGUUAUUUUCUGGGUUAUAAUCUUCCUCCGGGGCAUCCGUGUAAUAGUUUUACACUCCCUCCACCACCAGCUGAUAAAAAACGUACCGGGCCACGACCAUGCCCGGUAUGCUACCUUCCUGUGGAUGAAGCCAUCGGACUCAUGCCAGAGUAUCCCUCGCCGUCUCCAGUGCUUAAGAAUUUAACAUUUAUCUAUGAGGAAAAUCUAAGCAGAGAUGGAGAAUUUGGUGGUUCGGACUUUGGUGGAUAUCCCACUUUGGCGCAAAGAAAUGAUUCUUUUGAUAUACGGGAGUCAAUGUGUGUGCACUGCGGAUUUGUUAGAGGAAUUAAACCUGGCCGCAACACAGGAUUUGACAUGGAUGAAGAUGACCUCCUUGAUAUGGAGCAAUGCCGUGGCAUAGUUGUCGCGUCAGCCGUAUUUGGAAAUUUUGAUGAGAUAAAUGAGCCAAAAAACGUAAGCGAGCAUUCAAAGAACACUGUAUGCUUCCUUAUGUUUGUAGAUGAAGAAACAGAAAAGUAUUUGACGAGUUCUGGCAGGCUGGGAACCAGCAAGAAGAUUGGUUUGUGGAGAAUUAUUGUUGCACGUAAUCUUCCUUAUACAGAUGCAAGACGUACAGGGAAGAUUCCAAAGCUUCUACUGCAUAGAAUGGCUCCAAAUGCCCGCUACUCUAUAUGGCUUGAUGGAAAGCUUGAGCUUGUUGUUGAUCCAUAUCAGAUUCUUGAAAGGUUUUUGUGGAGGACCAAUGCAACUUUUGCAAUAUCCAAGCAUUAUAGACGCUUUGAUGUAUUUGUUGAGGCCGAAGCAAAUAAAGCUGCUGCAAAGUAUGAUAAUGCCUCCAUUGACUUCCAGAUCGAUUUUUACAAAAACGAGGGACUGACUCCGUAUUCGGAGGCCAAACUUCCUCUUAUAAGUGAUGUUCCUGAAGGAUGUGUAAUAAUACGAGAGCAUAUUCCUAUUAGCAACCUCUUUACUUGUCUUUGGUUCGGGGAAGUUGACCGAUUUACUUCUAGGGACCAGAUUAGUUUCUCAACUGUCCGGGACAAAUUUUUGUCGCGGGUGGAUUUUCAUUUUCACAUGUUCUUGGAUUGCGAAAGACGCAACUUCGUAGUUCAGAAAUACCAUAGGGGUGUAUUAGGGCGGCUAUCUGCGCCAGUGGUUGUUGCUCUCAACCCUCCACCGCCACUCUUGUCUCCCCCUCCUCCACUGCAUAUGCUUGAAAAUACACAAGAAAAAGUUAUUCCAAUAACUAGGAGAGGCCCUGGAAGGCGCGGAAAAGAUAAAAGACCGGGUUCUAGGCGCCACCGCAAAGUUGCGGCCGGAAAUAGAGACAUUGAAGCAAAUUAAAAGUUUUGUUUUGGGUGAUUAUAUCAUAAAUUUUUGUUGUUGUUUUUUCUUUUGGUAUUCUACCUGCGAAAAUCAUUCAUUGCUGAGCUGAGGGAAAAUGUGGAAGUAGAAGAUGAAUGUUGUAUUGUUUCCACACGGACACUCUUAUUCUUUAUACUUUGUGCAAUUGUCAAACGUUGUUGAUUUUUUUGUUGUAUAUAUAUAAUAUAAAGUAAAAUUUCAAUAAUUAUCAUAAUGGUUGCUAUUUAUGACCA